UCUGUGUGUGAGGCCACACGUGGGUGCAGCGUGUCUGUUUUGGGGCUUCGGGGAUGGGGAAGUUUGGGAAACUACGAUCUGGCUCUGCGAGUAAAGUCAAACGAUGGAAGAAGGGACACAGCAGCGACUCCAACCCCGAGGUCCGGCAGCACCGUGUCGCUGCGAGGAGCCGCUUCUUCAGCCGCCCCUCAGGAAAAAGUGAUUUGACAGUUGAUGCUCUGAAACUUCACAAUGAUCUUCAGUCAGGAUCCUUGUCCAUUCAGAAAAAGCCAGAGAUCUCCCAAGAUCACAUGGAAGAUGAGAAUGAAAUGGCAAUAACUGAGAAAUCUGGUGCCAGUUUUCUGAGUGGACUUUCUGACUGCACUAACGUUACAUUUGGCAAAGUGCAACGAUACUGGGAGUCCAACUCUGCUGCCCACAAGGAAAUCUGUGCUGUACUGGCUGCUGUAACUGAAGUGAUCCGAAAUCAGGGAGGGAAGGAGACGGAGACUGAAUAUUUUGCGGCACUUAUGACGACGCUUGAAGCGGUGGAUUCUCCGGAAUCACUAGCAGCUGUCGCUUACCUGCUUAACUUGGUUCUAAAAAGGGUUCCAGGUCCUGUGCUGAUUAAGAAGUUUUCUGACACGUCCAAGGCUUUUAUGGAUAUCAUGGCUACGUAUGCCAACAGUGGCAGCACAUCUGCUGUUCGAUGGAUUGUGUCCUGUAUUGCUGUUCUGCUCCGGAAACAAGAUCUGUCAGCUUGGAGCUACCCCUCUACUCUGCAGGUGUACCACGGCCUGCUUAGCUUCACGGUCCAUGCGAAGCCUAAAAUCCGAAAAGCAGCCCAGCUUGGUGUAUGCUCCGUCUUGAAAGGCAGUGAGUUCAUGUUUGGUGAUAAUGCUCCCAGCCACCAUCCGGCUGCUCAGUCUACAGCUAAAUUUUGCAUCCAAGAAAUUGAGAAAUCUGGAGGGAGUAAAGAAGCUACUACAACCCUACACAUGCUAACGCUGCUCAAGGACUUGCUGCCUUGUUUCCCAGUCAGUGUGGUGAAAACUUGCUGUGAGACCUUGCUGAAGGUCAUGACGUUAAGCCAUGUGUUAAUCACAGCAUGUGCAAUGCAAGCGUUUCACGCUCUCUUCAGUUCAAGUUCAAACACCUCUGCGCUGACCGCUGAGCUUAAUGCCCAGAUCAUAACAGCUCUGUAUGAUUACCUGCCCAGUGAGAAUGACCUUCAGCCUCUGUUGGCAUGGCUAACCGUCAUGGAGAAAGCUCACAUCAACUUAGCAAAGUUGCAGAGCGGGCUGUGUUUCGGUCACCUCCCCCGUCUUUUUUCAACAUCCAUGAACUGUUUCUUGUCUUCUCACCAGCAAGUUGUGUCUGCAGCUGCACAGACCUUGAAGUCUCUCCUUACAGAAUGCAUUACACCUAACAUAGCUGACACUGAAUCUGUUUCUUCAUCUCCAACAUCUGGAAUUGCUGGUCACAUCUGUAAAAUGUUUAGAGUUGUUGAAGAGGGUUUAUCGUACAAGUUCCAUUCUUCCUGGGCCUUUGUCCUGCAAGUUCUAAAGACAUUUUUUGAGGUUGCUGGAAAGAAGUGCCACCCAUUUAUGAAAAAGUGUUUGCAGUCUCUUGCUGACCUGCGGGUUUCUGCUCAUUUCCCACACACUGCAGAACUGGAUCAGGCUGUGGGUGCAGCAGUAGCAAGUAUGGGACCUGAGGUUGUCUUAAAAGCCAUUCCACUUCAGAUUGAUGGCAAAGAAGACAUCGGUGAUUUUCAGCGAAGCUGGCUUGUGCCGGUGAUCAGGGAUAACGUGAAGAACACCGAGCUUGGUUUCUUUACGAGGUACUUCCUACCUCUGGCUUCUAACAUAAAGACUCGAGCUGGUGAAUUGGCAAAUGACGGGAGAAACCUUGAAGCAAAAAUCUAUGAGACUCUUCAGUGGCAAAUCUGGACCAUGUUACCUGGGUUCUGCACUAAUCCCACAGACACAGCUGCCUCUUUUAAGGGUAUUGCACGUACAUUGGGAAUGGCAAUCAGUGACCGUCCUGACAUAAGACUCACUGUGUGCCAGGCUCUUCGAACUCUGAUUAGCAAGGGAUGCGAAGCAGAAGCUGACAAAGCUGAAGUAAGCCGCUUUUCUAAGAACUUCCUUCCAAUCCUGUUCAACUUGUACAGUCAGCAGCCAGCACCAGGAGAGGGAGCUGCUUCCAAGUUUCCAGUGUUGGACACUGUCAAGUCCUAUCUCACAAUCACUGAUGAACAGAUGGUCAGCAGUUUCUUAGACAAAGCGAGUGACAAACUGAGAGAAGCGGAGAGCUCUGAGUAUAUGAGGUUGGCAAUGCUGGAUCUGAUAAUAGCCAUGGCUCCUUAUGCAGAUGAGCCUUCUAUGACCAAGAUUUAUCAAACUAUUCUGCCUUACUUGGAGGAAAAAAAUCAUAGUUUGCAGAAGAAAGCAUACAGAGUGCUGGAAGAAAUAUGUGGGGGGGAGAGAACUCCCUGUAAAGAGUUUGUGGAUAAGAACUUAGAGGAACUGAAAACAACUCUGCUGCGUUCUUUAAAAAGUGCAUCUUCACCUGCCAAAAAGCCACGUUUGAAAUGUCUGAUCCACAUUGUGCAGCAGCUUGCGGCCCAUCAUGAAGAAUUCAUAACCGCCAUUAUUCCUGAGGUUGUAAUAUGCACCAAGGAGGUGUCUGUUGGAGCAAGAAAGAAUGCAUAUACCCUAAUUGCAGAGAUUGGACAUUAUUUUCUGCGCUUUAAUGAAGAUAAGAAAGAGGCCAUGCAGUGUUACCUUGCUGUGGUGUUUGCUGGACUGACAGGCUCAGUCACUAUGAUCAGCUGUACCGUUUUGGCACUUACAAGGCUCCUAUUUGAAUUCAAAGAUCAAAUGGGCGUGGAAGUGAUUGAGCCGCUGCUGGAAAAUGUCUGCCUUCUAUUGACCGCCAGAACACGAGAAAUUGUGAAAGCAGGGCUGGGCUUCAUUAAAGUUAUCCUCUUCAUUAUGGACAUGAAGGUCCUUUCCAAACAUCUGCAAUUAAUGGUGGAAUCAAUAGGAAAUAUAAACGGUGAUAUGAGGCGACACUUCCGGAUGAAGCUCAGAACUAUCUUCACAAAGUUAAUAAGAAAGUUUGGGUUUGAUGUGGUGAAAAACAUGCUACCUGAGGAGUACCAUAAGGUCCUGAUCAAUAUCCGUAAGGCAGAGUCCAGAACCAAAAAACAGAAGGCUCUGAAACAAGCAGCAGAUGAGGGUGAAGUUGAAGAUGACGAGGAUAUUACAAAGCCUAAGGGUGAUAGUAUCGACGACAUCCUAGCUGAUACCGAUGAUGAAGAUAGUGAAGAAGAUGUAAAGAAAACUAAACAGCAGAAGAAGCAAGCCAAGCAGAAAAGUCACGCAUGGCUUAAGGAAGGAGAGGAAGAUGAGCCCCUGAACUUCCUGGAUUCAAAUGCAGCUCAGAGAGUCCUAGCCACAAAACCCGGCCUAAAGAACGCAAAACUAAAGCACGACUUCAAAACCUCAUCAGAUGGCCGUCUUAUUAUUCCAGAUGAUGAUGCAGAAGAAAAGAAGUCAAAAGGAGUCGAUGAUGAAAUGGCUGAUCUCAUGCAGGAAGUUGGAAUUCGCACUAAAAAAGCACAGAAGAAACGCUUUCGGGAUGGAAAUGACGAUGAUGAUGCUGUUGAAAGAACAUCUCAAUAUAAAGCUGGAGGCUCAGGAAUACACCGGCCACUCUUCAAAAAGCCAGCAUAUGGAGCAAAUUACAAAUCCAAGAGUGGUAAAGGUGAUGUGAAACAGAAGGGCAAACAUGAUCCGUACGCAUACAUCCCAUUAAAUAAAUCCAACCUGAACAGAAGGAAAAAGGCAAAGAUGCAAGGCCAGUUCAAAGGCAUGGUAAGAGCGGCUCAAAGAGGUGCACAGACUGGGAGGAAAAAAAGGAAAGGGAGAACGGACUGAGUUCUCAUCUGCACAGCUCUGCUUGAUUCCAAACCCUUUAAUAAAGGAUGUUGCUUUCGUUGCACUGUGAUGUUGUGUUGCUAAUGGAUAUUGAGAAGCAUAAGCAGCAGGUGGCAUUUGUUUUAUUGCUUUUAAAGCCACACAUGAAGCAAUACUGGAUUGGUUUUAUCAGAGAUAUUGAAGACUUGCAAGAAAAAAAAUUCUGGUUGUGCAAAAUACCGGUCUGUGUUAGAUCUAUGCAUCAGCGAAAGCUCAGAGCACCUAUUUAAUGUAAUACAUUUAAAAACUUCAUUCUUUUAAUAUAUGACGGACACCAUGAAUUGUAGAAUAUAACUUCAAAAAAGCUUAACAGGUCACAAAUGAGUUUGAAUUUUGUUUCUUCUUUUCACAUAUUCCUAUUGAACAUCAUUAGAGCAUACAACCGGAAUUCUAAUUUGAAAUUGUAAAGUGGUCAUAUUUUGACUUUAUGUAAUAUCAUUAAAGUGUUGGGGGAGAUCAUUUAUGAAUGCACGUGACUGCAGAGUAAAUUUGUAAAAUAAAAGAUAAAACCUUAUAAA